ACACCUUUUGUUUUUUUUUUGUUUCCUUUUUCCUGUUUGCUUUGAAUGUGCGAAUUUUAUUUCCGCUUCGAUUAUUUUAUCUAAAUUAGUCUUUGUCGUCGGUGGAGAAAGAAUCUUAUUGCUAUGUUUCACUGAACAGUGUGUCCGUGCCUACAUCAAGUCUUCGAUAGGCCCCAAAAUUACGAUGCUUCAUCAGUGGCUGCUCAAAUCAAUCGAGGUAAUGGACGACGACUCGCGAUCGACCGAUUCCCCUGCCCAGAGCAAUCCGGGCACCCCGCACCAUGCGGGGAGCCCCACCAUCCCGCUGGGUAUUCCGGGAGACGGACUACCUCCAAACCCAAGACACCCGCAAUCCAAGUACACCCAACUGUUAGCCGUCAUUGAGGAAUUGGGGCGCGACAUUCGGCCGACUUAUGCCGGCAGCAAGUCGUCCGCCGAACGACUCAAGCGGGGCAUCGUACACGCGCGAAUCCUGGUUCGAGAGUGCCUCAUGGAGACAGAACGCAAUGCUCGAUCUUGACGCGAAAUCGUGAAAACAACAAAACAAACAGAAGCUUUCCACAUUGUUGAUGAUAAGGAAACGUGUUAAACGGCACAAACAAACAAAAUUGUUGGCAGUAUUAAAUAGUAUUUUUGGAGUGCUUAGGUAGAGAAUGUCCAACAACUGCCUCUGAGAAAUUAACAAAAUGUCACAAACUUAACCCCCAUUAAUGUCAGGAAAAAACAGUAAGUGCAACCUGAAAGUGCAUGUUUCUAGCAUGAUCUUGAAAAAGUGUAAACGUGUAUAAAUUUUCUGAGUGUCAAUUAAAUGUUAGUUUUCUAAAGAAAGGCAAGCCAGGCUUUGCCAGGAAAGGAAAGGCUUUGUUCCAGGUACAUAAAAGGGCUGCUGUGGUGGUAUUUAUUUUGUGCGGUUUUCAAAUGAAUGUGUUCGAGAACUGUUUCACAAUGCAUAGAAUUGGAAAAUACAUUCGGCACAUUUGUAAACGUG